AGAAUCCAAGAGGUAGAGCCGGGUUUGACGCUCCACUCCGCAAACCUCCGCAAACCCUCAGAGCCUUACCAAACGGGGCCGUCCUUCGAUGUCGUCCUGGACUGGACUUCAUCUAAUCUGAUACACCCUCCCUAAACGACGUCGUCGCCAUGAUCCUGAAACCACGUACUCCAAUCGAUUUCCCAAAUCUAGGGUUUCUGCUCAGCGUUUUCGAUUAAAUACGGUCUCCCCAAUUCGCCAUGGAAGGAGGAGCAAAGCAACAGGAGCUACCAGUUUCGGCUCUCUACAGACCUCACCUGCAACAGGAGAACCCUAGCUUCAACAGUUUACAACAGACGCAAGCGCUUUUGUGCUUCAACCAAUGCGAACCAGCUCAUGAAUUGGACGAUUCUCAGCUCGUUGGAGCGCCGACGGUUGUCGCUGGUCAUGCUGAAAUGGAUGUGAAACAAGAUGAUCCUGUGGCGGAGUCGGAGACGCUGACGGAGGUGAAAGUUACGGAUAAGAACGCCGGGAAGCGAAAGCGAGGUCGGCCGCCCAGGGGUCAGGCGAAACCGCCGCCGCCUAAGAAGAAGAAGGACGAGGAGGACGUCUGUUUCAUAUGCUUCGAUGGCGGUGAUCUCGUGCUCUGUGACCGCCGAGGCUGCCCUAAGGCAUACCAUGCGGCUUGUAUUAAGCGGGACGAGUCAUUCUUUCGAUCAAGGGCGAAAUGGAAUUGUGGUUGGCAUAUAUGUAGCAACUGUGAGAAGGCUGCCUACUAUAUGUGCUAUACUUGUACAUAUUCCUUGUGCAAGGGAUGCAUUAAAGAUGCUGAUAUAUUGUGUGUAAGAGGGAACAAGGGAUUUUGCACGACAUGCAUGAGAACUGUUUUGCUGGUUGAAGAUAAUGAGCGAGGGAACAAGGAAAUGGCUCAAGUAGAUUUUGAUGACAAAAGUAGCUGGGAGUAUCUUUUCAAGGUGUACUGGAUUUACUUGAAAGGGAAGCUAUCUUUGACUUUAGAGGAGCUCACUCGUGCUAAAAAUCCCUGGAAGGGAGCUGGUCUUAUGGCUCGUAAAGGGACUUCAGAUGAACUUUAUGAUGCUAAUGAUGACAAGGGUUCUAGUUCAGACGGCUCUUCCGGACAUCAGGAAGCAAAUACUUCUAAAAGAAGGAAAACCAAGAAACAGCCAAAGUUCCUCAACAAGGACAACUCUCUAAAUGUGGGAAGAUCAGAUGAUUCCAAGAGGACAUGUUUGCCUGAAGGCACAGAAUGGGCAUCAAAAGAGCUCUUGGAGUUGGUUGGGCACAUGAAAAAUGGUGAUACAUCUGUUCUAUCUCAGUUUGAUGUCCAGGCUCUUUUGCUGGAGUACAUAAAGAGAAACAACCUUCGUGAUCCUCGCCGGAAAAGUCAAAUCAUUUGUGACGCGAGGCUUAGAAACCUAUUUGGGAAAGCACGUGUGGGUCAUUUUGAAAUGCUAAAGCUUCUCGAAUCUCAUUUUCUUAUAAAAGAGCAUUCUCGGGCAGAUGAUAUCAUGCGUGGGGGUGUUGUUGAUACUCUAGCUAGCCAGGUUGAUGCUGAUGAAAACAAUGACUACCAACUAACGAUGAUUAAAGAUAAGAAACGUAAAACACGUAAAAAGGGUGAUGAGAGAGGACCACAGACUAAUCUAGAUGAAUAUGCAGCCAUUGAUGUUCACAACAUUAACUUGAUUUACUUGCGGCGUAUUUUGAUGGAAAAUCUAAUUGAAGAUGUUGAGACAUUUCAAGCCAAGGUUGUUGGUUCAAUUGUACGAAUAAGAAUUUCUGGUAGCGAUCAAAAGCAAGAUAUGUAUAGGCUUGUCCAAGUUGUAGGUACAAGCAAGGUGGAUGUACCAUACAAAAUUGGAAAAAGGACAGCAGAUGUCAUGCUUGAGAUAUUAAAUUUGAACAAGAAAGAGAUCAUAUCAAUUGAUUCAAUUUCAAACCAGGAGUUCUCUGAGGAUGAAUGCAGACGCUUGCGCCAGAGCAUAAAGUGUGGACUUGUUAACCGGUUGACUGUUGGUGAGAUUCAGGAGAAAGCAAUGGCACUUCAGGCAGUUAGAGUGAAUGAUUGGCUUGAAACGGAGAUAUUGCGGCUUAAUCAUCUACGUGAUCGAGCGAGUGAAAAGGGGCACAGAAAGGAGCUUAGAGAAUGUGUAGAGAAAUUACAACUUCUGAACACACCUGAGGAACGUCAGCGAAGGUUUCGUGAAACUCCAGAAGUACAUGCUGAUCCAAAUAUGGAUCCAAGUUAUAUGUCUGAUGAAGAUGCUGGAGAAUCAGACGAUAAGAAACAAGAUGUUUUACCUAGAUUUUCUGGCCUUAGUAAAAAGGGAAGAGAGCCAUUCUCUCCAAGAAGAGGAGGUGAUAUUCCAAAUGAUAUGGGGAGCAGGGCACUUAAAAAUUUCGUCACUGCUAAUGAAAGAGGCAGAAACAAGUGUACAACAUUUCUCCCUGAGAAAGAAGAAGGUGCUGCUAAGGCUCAUGAGAGAGAGAAUGAAUCCUCACAGAAUCAGGGAGGAGAUGCAUAUGGGUCCAACUGUUGGGAGAAACCAAGAAACCAGGUUGAUCCUACUGGUUCAGUAACUGGUGGUUGUACUAAUCAAGCUGUGGUGAGAUCUGGAUUGUCUUCUGGGGUUGCAUCAGAAACUUCCACCACCACUCUUUCUACAGGGACAGUACUAUCUGCUAAUAAUGAGAAUGACAAAAUAUGGCACUACCAGGAUCCAGCGGGGAAAAUUCAAGGACCAUUUUGCAUGGUGCAGCUGCGGAAGUGGAGUGCAAAUGGAUACUUCCCACCUCAUCUGAGAAUAUGGAGGAUGAAUGAAAAGCAAGACGACUCUAUACUUUUGACUGAUGCAAUGAAUCCGCAGUACCAUAAAGAGCCACCUCUGCAGAAUAACAGCCUUUUACAGUCUCAGCAAGUUAGAGUUGUCUCAAAGGAUAGAGAAAAUAACUGGGAUGGUGGGUUGAAUGGUAGUAUGAAUGCUACUUGGAUAGGGAAUAAACUAAAUGAGGGGCCCGGUAAUUCAAAUGAUGCAACCAUUUCUAAUGGUAACAAUGAACUUGUGAAGAGAGAUGGGUGGGGUUCCUGUUCUUCUAGUUGGAGUACACCUGCAGAUAUCAUGAAUUCCAAGGAGGUAGAAAUUGGAAGUUUUUCUCAGGGUUGGGACUCAUUGAAAGGCAACAGUUCUUGGUCUGAUCAGCCCCAGGUCUAUUUCACUUUCCUCGUCCACAUUUUCUGGGAAGUCAUUUGGAACUGGGUUGCAUCAAGGAAGAGAAGGUCAUGGUGUGAAAGAUGGGACCCUGAUCAGAAUCAUGGAAACUUGAAUUCACACAGAACAGCAGUUGUUCAAGUUAACAGUGGACAUUCAGGUCAAUCUCCCAAAGAAAACUGCAGACCUCUGUCCAUAAUCAGUUCUUCGAGUGGCUGGGAUUCCAAUUUUGAUGUUGUAUCUGUGGCUAAAUUAUCUAAAACAUUGGAGCAGGAUCAUGACAUAAACUUCCCAAAUCUACCCAGUCCCACACCAAAGCCAAGUGAUGGGGACUGGAAAGGUCAGGCUGCUGAAAGCAAACAGUCCGUAUCAUCAGAUGUUCCUGUUCAAGAUUCAGGUCCUAGCUGGAGCACUGCUUCCAGUCUAGUGGGCGGUGGCACAAAACUUCCUGAAGUAGCUAGUGAUUGGGGAGGAUAUUCUUCCCCUACUCCAAUGAAACCAUCUGUUGAGGAAUGGGACUCCACUCUAGCAUCUGUUUCUUCACUGAAACCGACUGAAGUAGCCUCUGAUCAUGCUGCUACUCCUACUUCAGAAAGUGUCCAGCUGACUCAUUCUUCUCCACCCUAUCCAACACCUAAUGCAUCUAGUUGGCAGCCAAUUGAUACUGGGCCCACUGAGUUUAGCUCUGUAACUGAGGCAUCAGUUUCAGAUCUCUUGGCUGAAGUUGAAGCAAUGGAGUCCCUUGAUGGCCUGCCUUCCCCUACUUCAGUUAUGAAAUGCAGUGGGGAAUUGACCCAGGGUUCUAAAAAUGAUUGUUUUAAUUCUGUUGAGGGAUUGAGCCCAACACCUGAUCCAGCGAAAAAUGAUGCUUUGAGCUCCACUGGCGAUUUCCAAUUAACUUCUCAAUCGACUAUGAGUGCUGAACCUUGUGGGGCAUCUCAUACUGAUGUUCUUGAUCCUGAUAAGAAGUCUGUGGGGCAUUCCUCUUCUAAUGAUAAGGUGGAGGUGGAAAAGAAGCCCAGUGAUGGUUCUGUCAACCAAUGGGAGGCAGGUUCAGAUAUCCAGCCUCCUGCACCAUCCGCUGACGUUUCAGUUAACCAAUGGGAAGCUGGUUCAGAUGUCCAGCCUCCUGCGCCAUCCAUGGCAAGUUGGAACGUGGCUGCCACGGAUAAUGAUGGGAGAGCAGUGUCAGAAACUACAGAUACUGGUUGGAGAGCAGUGCAGGGGAAUUCAAAUUUGGAGUGGGGAGGACCAACUCAAGGGAAUAUAGAAGUGGGUUGGGAAAGCAGUCAGGGAAUGGCACAAGGAAAUGCAAACGUGAAUUGGGGCACUUCCACUGGGAACCUCGCUGUGUGGGGAGGACAAUCUAAAUACAGUGGGGGGAGAUUUUCUGGUCCCAGAGACCGGGUUUUUCAGGUUGGGGAUUCAGGUUUUGAUAGGGGUAGAACUUCAUUGAACAGGCAGUCAACAUUUGGUGGAGCCGGAGGUGGAGGAUUUUCUUCCAGGAAUCCUCCCAAAGGGCAGCGAGUCUGUAAAUUUUUCGAGAGCGGGCACUGCAAGAAGGGAGCAUCAUGUGAUUAUCUGCAUCCAUGAUUGCUGGCUUCCACAGAAACCGAGUGCACAUUAUUAUCUGUUGUGUCAUCCUCAUGGAGGUUUGAUCUACCAGUUGCUGAUGCUAAAAUUUGACCAAAAAAAAAAACAAAAAAAAACCUUUUAAUGUAGCGGCAUAAAACAUGCUUUUAUUUCUUGGACAGCUUAUCGGUCCCGGAAUUAUAUGGGGGAUUGAAUCAUAUCCCCCUCCUUGUAAUGUGCAUACAAGGGAAUUGCCCUGGACUUAAUGCCUUAUUUUUGUUAACUCAUAGCCCAUUUUUUGUAAUUGAUACCAAUCAAGUGGAUGGAUUGUACUUUUAAAUCUUAUGUAAAAUUGAAUAUAAUGAUCCUUGGAAUGCCUCCAUGA